UGAUGGAGGAGAGCGAACAGACUCCCCUGGACAGAGACGUCAAUAAGUUGCUCAUCGCCUCUCAGCCGCUGUCGGGCGGUAUAGACGCCAGCACAGCCCCGCACCGCAUCCCCGCAGACAUGCUCCAGUACGGAGAGGAGAACAACAUUUUCGAGAUGAUGCAGUCCCUGCUGGAGCAGCUGCUGAUCUACCAGCCCUCAGAGCCCAUCCAGUUCAUGAUCAGCCACCUGCAGCUCAACAAUGACAGCGUGCCGAAGAUUGUAAUAUUAGGGCCACCGGCUUCAGGGAAAACCACAAUUGCCAUGUGGUUGUGCAAACAUCUCAGCAGCAGCCUGGUCAACAGGGACAUCCUCAGUCUCCGUUUCUCCUCCAUGUCCUCUGACGUUUACGCCGAGUUUCAGAAGACUGAGUACCUGACCAGCCCAGUGCUCAUCCACCUGCUCCAGUCACGACUGGCCGAAGACGACUGUGUCCGGAAGGGCUGGAUCCUGGAUGGGAUCCCUGAGACUCGGGAGCAGACCCUGAUGCUGCAGACCAUUGGGAUUGUGCCCCGACACGUUAUUGUGCUCAGUGCUCCAGAUACCGUGCUCAUUGAGAGAAACCUGGGCAAGAGAGUUGACCCAAAAACAGGAGAGAUCUACCAUACCACUUUUGACUGGCCCUCGGACGUGAGCAUCCAGAACCGGCUGGUCGAGCCCCAGGGCAUCUCGGAACCCGAGACAGUGCAGAAACUCCUGAGCUACCACCGGAACAUUGCUGAGAUCACCCCCCUGUACCCCAGAAUCCUGAAAGUCAUCAGCGCAGACCAACCUUGCAUGGAUGUCUUUUAUCAGGCUCUCACCUAUGUGCAGAGCAGCCACAGGUCAAACGCCCCCUUCACCCCAAGGGUGGUGCUGCUGGGACCCAUGGGCAGUGGAAAGAGCCUGCAGGCGGCGCUCCUGGCCCAGAAAUAUGGCCUUGUCAACCUUUGCUGUGGGCAGCUGCUCAAAGAAGUUGUGGCGACUCAGGACAAGAUCGGAAUGGUCGUCCAGUCCUAUUUUGGAAAGAAAGCAGCAGUCCCGGACACUCUGAUCAUGAAGGUGCUGGUGCAUCGCCUGAUCCAGCCCAACAGCCUAACCCAGGGUUGGGUGCUACAUGGCUUCCCUCGGGAUCCUGACCAGGCAAGACUGCUGGAUGCCCUGGGCCACAAGCCCAACAGAGUUUUCUUCCUGAACGUCCCAUUUGACACAAUUUUGGAGCGUCUCACCUUAAGGAGGAUGGAUCCCGUCACAGGAGAAAGGUACCAUCUCCUGUACAAGCCACCGCCCACCAUGGAGAUCCAGGAGCGGCUCCUCCAGAACCCAAAGGACUCAGAGGAGCGGGUCAAGUUUAAGCUGGACCUUUACUACCGGAAUUUGGCCGAGCUGCAAGAGUAUUACCCCCACGCCAUCAGCCUUAAUGGGGACCAGGACCCCUACACCGUCUUCGAGUACAUCGAGAGCGGCAUCAUCGCCCCCCUGCCCAAGAAGGUCCACUGAGGGGCUCUGCGCAGGGAACCCCUACCCUGUGCCCCACAUUCUGGAAUUCACCAAGGCAAUAAAGUGAGCAGGGAGCUGA